GUUGAAAGAUAGAAAAUUGAUCCGUGAUUGUAAAACAAGAUAGAACUCGACUUUUGAGAUGCUAAGUUGUGCACUCAAGUUUAAAGAAGCCUUUAAGAUGUUAAAUGAUCGUGAUCCAUUCUUUGACAGUUGUCCGUUAGAAGAUGAUUGGGAUAAAGUUACCAAGGUUUGCUCUAUUUUAGAGGCUUUCUGGACAGCUACUCACAUUAUUUCAGGUUGUGACUACCCUACUUCAAAUUUAUUUCUUCAAGAAGUUCAAAAAAUCAAAGCAGCCUUGGAUAGUCGUGCAAAUGAUGAGGAUUCCUUUAUUAAGGAUUUGGUUGGGAAAAUGAAAAUGAAGUUUGAUAAAUAUUGGGGUGAGUGUAAUUUGUUGAUGACUAUAGGUGCUGUUUUUGAUCCAACAAAGAAGAUGCUUGCUGUUGAGUUUUGUUUUCCUAGACUAUAUUCUGAUAACGAAGCUAAGGAAAACAUUUCAAAAGUGAAAGAGAUCAUCAAUACUCUUUAUGAAGAGUAUGUUGCUAAAGCAAUGAACAAAGACAUUUCUGAAAAUUUAGGUUCUUCUUCAACUUUUGGGAGCCAAAGCCUAAGAAAUUGGAGUUAG